CGUAGUCGGGGACGCCGGCCGAGGCUAAUUUGCCAGGGAACCGACUGUUGUCGCCCCGCCCCCUCGGGGCUUUCAGUCCCGUUAACUGCCGCCGGCGGGGUCUGCAGCGCAGGGCGACAUGCCGGUGCGCUUCAAGGGACUGAGUGAAUAUCAGAGAAACUUUCUGUGGAAAAAGUCGUAUUUGUCAGAGUCCUAUAAUCCCUCCGUGGGGCGAAAGUACCCAUGGGCUGGACUUAGAUCAGAUCAAUUAGGGAUCACAAAAGAGCCAAGUUUUAUUUCAAAAAGAAGAGUCCCCCACCACGACCCUCAGAUUUCAAAAUCCCUGGAGUGGAAUGGAGCCAUCUCAGAAAAUGAGGUGGUUGUUCCGCCUGAACCCCAAGCCCCUCAAGCACCAAAACCACAAGAGGCAGAACAGAAAGAAGAUGCUACCCAAGAAAGAGUUCUUUCACUAGAAGCCUCCCGGGUUCCCAAGAGAACCCGAUCUCAUUCUGCGGACUCCAGAGCUGAAGGGACUUCAGAUGCUGUGGAAAAGCACCAGGAUAUUCUAAAGAACCAUAUACCAGUUAAUGAAAAUGUGGAGCUGGAACCUUCUAUGAAACCUCUUUCAGAGAAUGUAGAUAGCAGGUUGGAUAGGCAUCUGCGUAAGAAAGCUGGACUGACUGUUCCUCCUUCGAAUAAUGCCUUGAGAAAUUCUGAAUACCAAAGGCAGUUUGUGUGGAAGACCUCUAGAGAGACUGCUCCAGUGUUUGCAGCCAAUCAGGUUUUCCGCAAUAAAAGCCAAAUUAUUCCACAGUUCCAAGGUAGUUCGGUCAUCCAUGAAACUGAAUACAAAAGGAAUUUCAAGGGCUUAUCUCCAGUCAAAGAACCAAAAUUAAGAGAUGAUUUGAAAGAAAAUAUAAAUCUUGAAAUAUUAUCUCCAGAAAAGUAUAAUACGACAGACGAUCCUUCAGAAUUACAAGAGAUGGCAUCAAAAGACUCAGAGCAGCCUAAAAAGAAGCUUACUCCUUGGCGACACCAAAGGCUUGGGAAGGUGAAUUCUGAAUACAAAGCAAAAUUUCUGAGCCCAGCCCAGUAUUUAUAUACAGCUGGGUCUUGGACACGUGUGAAGGAGAACAUGUCCAGUCAGGGUUCUCUAAAUGCCAUGUGGUAUGCAGAGGUUAAAGAACUCCGAGAAAAGGCUGAGUUUUAUAGGAAGCGAGUUCAGGGAACCCAUUUUUCUCGGGAUCAUCUGAACCAGAUUCUGUCUGAUAAGAACCGCUGUUGGGAUGUCUCUUCGACCACGAGCUCAGAAGGAACCAUUAGUAGCAACAUCCGAGCGUUAGACCUUGCUGGAGAUCUUACAAGCCAUAAGACCUCCCAGAAACAGUCUCCUCCCAAACCAGAAGAAAAACAAGUUGUCUUGGAAGAUCAGCCCCAGAAAAACACCACUGGGAACUUGGACCUGUCAGAGGAGCCCACCAUGCCUGUUAGAAGGCGGCUGGCUUGGGAUACAGACAACGCUGAUGAAGACACACAGAAACAGCCCAGAGGGGAGGAGGAAGAGCAGGAGGAAAGGACAAAGGACAAGCAGAUUUCUCUGAGAGAGCUGGAGGCUCUGGACACUUGCGAGAAGGCUAAGGCAGACAGAGCUAAAGAAGGGUCAGAUUCUUCUUUAUCCUCAGGAAAGGGGGGCAGGCUUCCUACUCCAAAGCUGAGAGAACUUGGAAUCCAGAGGACUCACCAUGAUCUUACUACUCCUGCUGUUGGUGGAGCUGUUUUAGUGUCACCAUCUAAAGUGAAGCCGUCAGCCCCAGAGCAGAGGAAAAGAAUGUCUUCCCAGGAUGACUUAGAAACUCCGAGGAGUGACUUUACCAAGAAAGGAAAUUGUGCUGUGUCUCCACUGACACCUCCUGCUGCUGGUAUGGAGACAGUUGAUCCCCUGCCUUUGCGGGAAGAUUGCGAGGCCCGUAUCCCCAAAUUUGCUGAGGCUACUCUUCCAGUUUCGGAAAUUGCAGAAUACCCAACAAACACCCCUGGACAGCCUUCUCCAUGUGCUCUGCCUUGCUGGCACCCUACCCGUCGGAUUCAGGGCUGUCUGAGAGAUCCAGAGUUUCAGCAUAAUGUGGGAAAAACAAGGACGAAAAAUUUCCAGUUACCCCAGCAUGAAGCCUUUAAUGAUGAAGAUGCGGACAGAUUGUCUGAGAUUUCUGCUCGGUCAGCGGCUUCUAGUCUUCGGGCUUUUCAAACUCUGGCACGAGCUCAGAAAAGAAAGGAGAAUUUCUGGGGCAAAACAUAAACCCAGUCUUCUUGUCCAGGGAAACACUGGCAUGAUUCCUCUGUACUGUUCACUGUAUUAAGACUUUUGGAAUGUUUCCAUUUUUUUUUUCUGACACUUCCAACUUAAAUUAUUUGAUUUUUCAGUAGUCAGUUCAUUUCACCCAGAAAUUUUUGACACAGGCUUAUCCAAAUUUAACUUUUAAAGAAUUCUUUUGCACCUGUCUGUGAACACAAAGGUAUGGAUAUUAUGUAGUUCUUCCUACAUGCUGUCUCUUGCAUCAAGAUCUACCCUGAUUGUAUCCCUAAGAUUGGCCCUGGACAUUGUCACAGCUGUAGAUGUUGAAGAGGCGUUUCCUUUAGUGUUUACGUCACCACUUCUGUACACGAUUGCAGUGUUAUGAGAAUUGUCCUUUAAAAAUCCAGCUGUAUAUAUUUUUCUUAUUUAUGUAACAAAAUUUGCUGAGGGAAUAUGUAUAUUUUUGAUUUUUGUGUGUAUUCUAUUUGUACAAUAACUUUGGCAUACAUUUGAAUAAUGUCUGGAUUUUAAGAAAUUAUUUGUAUGAUGGAGAGUUAAAACUUUGUAGACAUUUUAAAAUUAAAACUGAUUAGGUAUGUUUGACUUCUCCAAAAAGAUAUUAUGUGGAAUAAAUUUCUUCUAGAAGCAUUCUAAUGGGUAAC